AUGCCUGGUACCUCAGAAAGCCGAUAUAUCAGACUGGAAGGCAAGUCUUUCCGAACCACCUUCGUAUCUGUUGUCAUCCUCACACAAUAUCUACAGUCAUCAGCGGAAAUAAUCUUCGGGUCCCUUCCUGCCGCAUUCCUGCUGGCAUCUACAUAUCCGUCAAUGUCGACUCUCGGAGGCGCUGGAAAUCAUCCAUCAGUAAUAUCACAUGCCUCACUUGCAUUGUCAGUGGAGAUCAGGGCGUCUUAUGAGCUUGGUCGAAUGCUAGGCGGUGGAGAGGUUGUUGGAAGACUUCAAAUGUCAUGGGAUGAGCUACUCCAUCAUGGAGAUGAGCCAUUCGAUUUAUCCUUCCCACCCGUGCGUGGUGUCCACCCUUCCCUUAAGCUGAAGGCCGCCAUUGUGCAUGCUUGCGAUGAGCAGGACGACGCACUGUUUGAUUCCCUCGUAGACUGCGAGAUUGGUCGAGACACAGAUGCGGGUCACGCACAAUCUGCCGCAUACGUGACGAGAAAGACAGUCUCUCGCCUGAACGACGCUGUAGAGCAUUUUCAGUUGGUUCUGGACCGGUGUCCGGUCAGCCAUCCAGACCAUGCAACGGCUCUCACCAACCUCGCGUGGGCCCGCCUCUCAGGCUACAUCCGAAAUGAUGUUCAAGACAUCGAUGCCACCACGUCCCUCUUCCGCGACGCCCUUGCAUUGCGUCCGCAGCCCCAUCCCGAUCAUCCCUUAUCUCUAUACGACCUCAUCCGAGCGCUGAUUUGGCGCCACUCCAAGAAAGGUACUGUUGCCGACAUCCAGGAAGCCGCCCAACUCUAUCAUGAACUACUGCCUAUCUGUCCAGAGGGCACCUACCUUCAUAGCAUCGCGGCAGGGAAGAAUGGUGUUGAUUAUGUGAUCGGCAGAUGCAACAAACUUCCAAUAGACGCAUCUGAUGAAGGCAUCCACUUUCGAAGAGUCGUCCUCGGGCUCUGUCCUCUGGGCCAUCAACUCCGUCGGAGAGCCCUCGACAAGCUUGCGCUAGCAGUUAAAGCACGCUUUGAUCAGCACGGCAGCAUCGAUGAUCUUGACAUGAGCAUACAACUUCGUCGUGAAGCCGUGUCUCUGUGCCCCGAGGGACAUACUGGCCGUGAUACCCUCCUGAACAACUUGGCGUUGUUACUCGCGUCGCGCUUCAAUCAUCAAGGCAAACCUAAUGACCUCGAUGAGGCCAUCUCUUUGCACGAAGAAGCGUUGCGCCUGCGCCCUGUUGGGCACGAAUCUCGUGAUUUCUCAUUAAACAACCUAGGGGGCGUUCUCGUCAAACGUUUCAACAAACGCGGCGACAUUGAUGACAUCACCCGAGCUAUCAGCUUCCGUCGCGAGGCACUGACGUUGUGCCCACCUGGACAUCCACGUUGUGACACCACGCUUAACAACCUUGCCCUCACGCUCCAAACCAGAUACGACGAAACGCAUGUUAGCAAGGAUCUUAACGAGGCCAUUGAUUUGUAUCGCGAAUCCCUUCGAUUAGUGCGGCUUGACAAUCCAGAGCGCCAUAAAACUCUUCUCAAUUUGAGCUCGGUGCUCUGCUCUCGUUUCACGCAAACUCAGAAUAAUGAAGAUGUCGAGGAGGCCAUUGUUCUUUGCCAACAAUCAUUGGAGGCUUUGCAUUCACUCCACCCAGACAGACACCACUCAUAUUUAAGGCUACGCGAAGCCUAUAUGUCUCGUUACCGCGUGCAGUACAAGCCUGCCGAUCUAGCACUUGCAGUGGACAACUUCAGACUCGCAUCACGACACCCCACUCGUGGCUUUCCACACCGCAUCAUUCUGGCAUAUAAGUGGGCCGUUGCAGCAGAGCAGCAUGGUGAUGGAUCCGCACUGGAGGCCUACUCGACAUUUUUCGAGCUUCUGGAUGCUCAUUUGGCAACACGAUCGUCGGCAACUUCACGGCGCGAAGCUGCCGCUGCCUUCCAUUAUGCCAGAUCACUACCUGUCGAUGCAGCCUCAUGUGCUAUACGUCGUGAUAAUCUACCACGGGCAGUUGAACUUCUGGAGCAGGGCCGUGGCCAGCAGUGGUCGCUGGCAUCUCGACUCAGGACUCCAGUCGAAGACCUCGAGUCAGCAAAACCGACACUAGCGUGCAAUUAUUUGGAGCUGAGCAAGCGCGUUUCCAAUGCAGCUCAGAGUUCUGCGACCAUCACCGACAGAGCUGCUGCUGAUCGGGAAGCAACAGAGUAUAGGAUACUCACAAGGCAAUGGGAAGCCGCGGUAGCUGAGAUACGUGAUGUUCCGGCGUUCUCGCGCUUCCUGCUUCCACCUUCGUAUGAAGACCUCCAACCGGCAGCGCUCCAGGGCCCGGUCAUCAUCCUCAUUGCCAGCCAAUACUCAUGCAGCGCCAUCAUCGUCCCCACGUCAGGAGACCCCCAUCAUGUUCCUCUGCCGUCUGUCUCCCUCGCAGAUCUGACCAAUCUCAAGGAUCGCUUCGCCAGGGCAAUACGAGAUUCAUCUCGGAUGAACCCAAGGCAGUCGAGGACGGAUCUGAUAGUGCUCUCGCGCAUAAUAUGGGACCAGAUCAUGCUACCCAUCGUCAACCUGCUCGAGCACGUCCUCAAACUAAAGCGCCGCUCUCGCAUCUGGCUGUGUCCGACUGCAGCUUUCACGUCCAUUCCUCUCCAUGCAGCUCAUCCGUUUCAAACAAAGGCGGAUCGUUCUGGGAAGGAGCCAUGCCUGGGGGAUCUCUACAUUUGCUCAUACACGCCGACGCUUUCUGCUCUGAUUAGAUCUAGACAGUUGAUGAAGAAGCGCGUGCCUCCGUCCUUUGUAGCGAUUGGACAGGGUCAGCCAGGUGCAGGGAAGGGCAAGGCGCUCUUGGCUGUCGACAGCGAGCUCGAGCUUGUCCAUAAGCUCGUCCCUGCGACUGCCAACCGCACCAGUAUUUCUGGUGACGCAGCCACACGAGCAGGUGCACUCUCAGCUUUGCAGCAGAACACUUGGGUGCACCUUGCUUGUCAUGGGAAGCAGGACCUUGAGCAGCCUUACGAUUCCCAUUUUGUCAUGAGAGACGAACAUCUGACGCUACUCGAUAUCAUGGAGAGACAUCUUCCGCAGGCCGAGUUCGCGUUCUUAUCGGCUUGUCAUACUGCCGUGGGCGACGAGGAGACGCCCGACGAAGUGAUCCACCUCGCAGCUGGUCUCCAGUUUUCGGGUUUCAAGAGCGUCAUUGGCACGUUGUGGGAGGUCGACGACUCUGUCGCAAAACACGUCGUCGAAGCAUUCUACAAGUAUAUGUUCGGAGAUUUGAAGGAUGGUGGUGUCAUGGACUGCACGAAGGCGGCCUGGGCGCUCAACUGUGCUACGCACGCGGUGAAAACGAAAGUGCCGCUCGAGCAGAGGAUGGUUUUUGUUCAUAUUGAUGAAAGGGUUGGAGGAUAUUUUGCAAGCACAUCAGAUAAUGACGCGAUCGCAAGUGUGAGUCAAGAAAUUUGA